AUGGACACUGAAGCCGCGUGGAAGUACGCCAAGCCGCUGGAAAUGCGGUUCCUCAUUCCUGAUCCUUCAAAGCCAGCCGAGCCACGAAAAGACCGCCCCAGAAAUCCGGGUCCGACGUACCGCUCGUCCGUUGGCGACGUGCCAGAGGGUCACUACACUGUGCCGCUCAGCAAGGCGCACGUCGUCCGGCGAGGCAGCGACAUCACUCUCGUGGGCUGGGGCGCGCAGUUGCACGUCCUGACAAAGGCGGCUCAAGAAGUCUCGGAAAAGGACGGCAUUUCCUGCGAGGUCAUCGACCUGCGCACGCUGCUCCCCUGGGACGCUGCCUGCGUGGAGGCCUCCGUCAACAAGACGGGCCGCCUGCUGGUCAGCCACGAGGCGCCGCUCACCGCCGGCUUCGGCGCCGAGAUCGCCGCGCGCGUCUCCGCCAGGUGCUUCUCGCGGCUGGAGGCGCCGCCCGCGCGCGUCUGCGGCAUGGACACGCCCUUCCCGCUGGUCUACGAGACGCUGUACUUGCCCACAGCUCUGCGGGUCGCGGAGGCGGUGAGAUCGACUGUCAACUUCUGA